CCCAUGGAUCAGCGCAACUGGAGCUGCAAAUGUCCCAUGAGUACCCUGAAAGAGUCCCAAACAAUGCGACGAGGGUUGACAAAGAGUAAAGGCUUCGUUGGCCAGCGACCAAUCGACGCACCGUGAUUCGAACGGUGAUGUGCAGCAUGUCCCCGGCUGCCCCGGCGGCGACAUCCGUGCGCAUCACCUCGGCCUCUUCGCUCUCACCAAAGAAUUCCUCGACCUUCGCCGCCGCUCCAACCUUCCUCAACCACCUUUCGCCAUCCCAAUCCGCAACCUCAUCACUCUCCGUCACCCACCCGCGACUCACCACCCCACGAAAAAGCAAUCAUGCCUCGCCAGUCCCGCGGAAGCGCUCCUCCCCGCCGCCCGGCUCCCGCGCCGGCUAGGCCCGCCCCCCAGCAGGCCCGCCCUGCCUCGACGGCCGCCCACACUCCCCAGCAGCCGCACCACGCCCCUCCUCCUCCUGCCCAGCAGCCCCAGAUGCAGGCGCCUCAGUCCUCGGGCGGCUCUGGUCUCUUCGGCCAGAUGGCCAGCACUGCUGCCGGUGUCGCUGUCGGCUCUUCCAUUGGCCACGCCAUUGGUGGCAUGUUCGGAGGUGGCUCCUCCGCCCCCGCUGAGGCGUCUCCCCAGGCCGCUGCGGCGCCCGCCGACAGCUUCGCCCAGCAGAACCAGUCCUCGGGCGUGUGUGCGACGGACAUCAACAACUUCCGGAAGUGCAUGGACGACAACCAGGGCUCGCUGACCAUCUGCGGAUGGUACCUGGACCAGCUGAAAGCGUGCCAGGCUGCCGCCAGCCAGUACUAGACGCGCGCCGCGGCGUCGGUCUAGUCCCGCCCGGAGAGAGAGAAGAGAGAGAAAGAGAGACAGUCGGGGGUUCGUUGUGGGGUCGUACAUGUCAAGUCGGCAUUGCAUAAUAACAAAACAUCACGGGCGCCUGGCCAUUCACCGCUCCAUCGCAGCGGGAAAUUAGCUGCAUCUAGUCCAAUCUCAUCGUUGCUCCGGCCGUUUGUUCUCGUUUUUCUUUGCGCGCCGUGUCUUUGUGUUGCCGGUUUUCGUGCGGGUUAUUGGUGGUGGUGGUGGGGUGGUGCGCUUCUGGCCCGGCAUGUCCUGUCCUGUCACUGUCACUGUCACUCGUCUUCCUGCUGCUGCUGCCCGGAGAAUAAUGUCCGUUGCAUACAUACAUCCAGAC